AUGGGUUCACAAACUCAAGACGACAUGUUCAAGCCAUAUGACCAGUUCAUUCUCUUCGGAGACUCCAUCACGCAGAUGGCUUGCAACCAAGAACUAGGCUUCGCUUUCCAUGCCGCACUCCAAGAAUCCUACAGCCGAAGACUAGAUGUGGUAAACCGAGGUCUUGCCGGAUAUACCACAGCACAUGCCAUCAAAGUCUUUGACAAAUUCUUCCCUAGCCCAGAAACAGCCACCGUGCGCUUCAUGACAAUCUUCUUCGGCGCAAAUGAUGCAUGUGUCCCAGGCCACAGCCAGCAUGUGCCUGUGGAGAUAUACAAGCAGAACCUGAAAACCAUCAUCCAGCAUCCAGCCACGCGCGCACAGAAUCCGCGUAUCAUCUUGAUGAGCCCCCCGCCCAUCAAUGAGUAUCAGCUGGAGAGCUUUGAUGCUGCAAAGGAGUCUCCGCACCCAAGCAGGACAGCCAGUGGGGCUAGACAGUAUGCUGAUGCUGCACGGGAAGUUGGUGCUGAGCUCAAUGUCCCUGUGGCGGAUCUUUGGUCUGCUUUUAUGAAAGCUGCGGGAUGGAAAGAGGGACAGGCUUUGGUUGGCUCUCGUGAUGCUCCGAAUUCUGAGACACUCUCGGGUCUUCUGACUGAUGGAUUACAUUUGGCUCCUGCUGGUUAUCGCAUUGUUUAUGAUGAAGUCAUGAAGGUUAUUGAGACUAAUUGGCCUGAUCAGAUGCCGGAUAACCUUCCGAUGGUGUUCCCUUCAUGGGUUGAUGCCCCGAAAUGA